CACAGGGUCACCGCUCAAGCAAUUCCUCAGCGCCUAUCUUGGCAUCGGGUUCCAACAACAAAGAACCUGGAACCAGCAAGGUAAACAAGGGAAGCGGAAGCUAGUAGUUACCAUCGGCUGUAGGGCCUGCAUUUCGACUUCCUUGUCAGCACAACAACACAGACCCCUUUACCAACAAUCCAGUUUCCAAAGAGCACCUACAGUGUCGAUAGCUACGGUUGGAAACCACAUCAAAAGAGCUGACUGUUGUUAAUCGGUGGCUAGUAGUAGGGAGAAAGAAGAAUAGAUCUUUGUUUUGCAUACCAUUACCGAUUACAAGUCUGACGAUCGAAACGAUGGAAGGCGGGGUUGCCACGAUGAGAGGCCAACGGCCGAGCUUGACGGAACGAGGAGCUUCCGCUCCUCUAUUAAACCGGAGCUCCACCGCCGAGACACCAAGACGGCGACUAGGAGGUCGACAACGACGAUCCCAGUCGGUCACUGCCGCCCAUUUGGCGACUCCCAGCAUGAACAGCAAGGGCAAGGUAUCCAUGCCCAAUCGUCGGCGGCGAUCCAAGGAUAUGAAAUCCAAUCUUCCCUCGAUUCCGUCCGUCGAUGAGGACGCCGAAGAAGACAUGAAAGAAGUUCCCGAUAUGGAUUGGACGACGGGUAGUAGCCGACACAAAAAGGACGGAGAGGGGAGCACUGGCACAGAGACCACGAUGGACUCUAGUUGCGACUGCGGCUCGUACGAUGGCAGUGCGGGCUCGGGAGGUGUGGCCCGAGCAGAGGAAGAAAAGCCGGAUAUGGACUGGGGCUCUCACAACGCCGCCGCCGCCAACACUGGUGCCGUCGCUGUCAAUAACAAAAGAGCACAGGGCAACAAGGUUUGUAACAAGAAGGGAUCCACGCAUGGCAAGCGCUCCGUAGACCUUGACGGCAGCAACAACAAGGGAAGCAGCCACGGCAAAAAGAAAGCAGAGGACAGCAAACGAAGGUCCGGAGGAUCUGGACGAGGGCAACGCAAGAGCGCGAGCAGCGACGAGGAGGAAUCCAAAUCGGAACAGCAACAACAAGGAGAAGAACUGGUCCCAAAGACACCCAGUGGGAGAAUGAGGCGCGGCAAGGUGCCGCAUCCAUCAACCCGUGCCAACAAAAAGGCAGGAAGCCGGAGUAACAGUCCCCGGCUCUCCAUGAAAUCACCCAAAAAGGCCAUCAUCAAGCCGGAAGAAAACAAACCCCUCGGAAGCGAUUGGUUUGGUGAGCUCAAGGAUAUGAGCGUUGCCGACCAUUUCGGACCGGAGGAAGAGUACUCGUCGGAAGAAGACGAGGAUGAGGAGCAGGAUGAAGAAGAGCACUUUGAAGUCGGGAUCGACGAGGAGCUGAGUCAGAGUGAAGAAGAAGAGGAAAGCGAGAGUGACAGCGAUGAAGAAGAAGACCCAGAAAAGCUUCUGGCGGCUGCACAGGAAGACGACAAUGAUGAUGAGAAGCCAAAACGCCCGCGACAGAGGCGACCAAAACAACCCACUCAAGGGCGACGAAUGCGCCGUGUCAAGUCGUCGGACGACCUUGAGGGCCGACGCCGACAGCAGCAUCCCGUUCGACGCACUGCCAGUCGCGGAGAUGGCGGUGGACCCGUGCGAAAACCACACAAUCCCCGUGGACCCAAGAGAAGCCAAACCUUUGACGAAGGACGACGUCGCCGCCCGCAGGGCAUGGCUCCACCACCCAUGACGUCGAGAUCGCAACGACGCAAACCACGCGCCAAAUCUGUCGUUAAUGCGCUUUUGGACGAAGCAGAAGGUGAGCGUAGUAGACGACCUCAGCGCUUGAUCAGCCCAUUCGAGACGGAGGAUCCUAUCAUUGAUGAGCCACCUCCAACACCCAGGCGGGGAGGACGCCGUGCAUCCAACAUGAUCCCCACACAGCAAGAUCUUGGUUAUGACGAACCACCGCCAACACCCAGCAGACGAGGGCGCCGUACAGUGCCCACGGCACAAGAUCUUGGUUAUGACGAACCUCCGCCCACACCCAGCAGACGAGGGCGCCGUACAGUGCCCACGGCACAAGAUCUUGGUUAUGACGAACCACCGCCAACACCCAGCAGACGAGGGCGCCGUACAGUUCCCACACAGCAAGAUCUUGGUUAUGACGAACCACCGCCAACUCCCAGCCGACGAGGGCGCCGUAGUCCAGCAACGAUUCCUACGGCACAAGAUCUUGGUUACGGUGCGAACGAUGCCGCCGUCCCGCAAACACCACGCCGUCGAGGACGUCGAGCCAGCUUGGGAUCGGCAAACACGGUUCCACGUCCUCCAGCAUUGGACGACAACUCCAUCGGGGCUCAAAGUGAAAUGGGAGUACGUGCUCGUAUGAGCCGUCGUGGAGUGGGCGGAUCAGUCAGACAUUUGCAGGUACACGACGAUGACGAAGAGGAACUUCAGGAAGAUUUGCUGAGCGUCAGCUUGAGGAAAUCAAGAUCACAACGUCGUCUUUCUGUAGCGGCUAAUGUUGUUGUCGACGAAGCAGAUGGCUCUGAUGAUGAUGAUGCAGAGGACGCGAAUGAAAACGAUCACACGACCAUGAGUAACCGCACCGAGAGACUUCGUAGACGUGGGUCUCAACGAGGCAUGGCGAUGGAACCCAUGACACCUCGCCGACGCCAAAGGUCCAGCUCGGUGCGAUCUUUGAAUAGACUGAACCACGACAACCUUGACAACGGCGAAACAGAUAGCCAUGACAAUGCAGUGGACGCGAGCGAAAAUGAUCACAUGGCCAUGAGUAACCGCAGCGAGAGACUUCGUAGACGUGGGUCUCAACGAGGCCUGUCGGUGGAACCCAUGACGCCUCGCAGACGCCAACAGAGAUCAGCCUCGGUGCGAUCUUUGAAUAGACUGGGCUAUGACAACCUUGACGAUGAAGAAGAGGAUCCCAAAAAGGCAAGGGGAGGGCUUCCAACUCUGGGUGCCCACUUUGCAUCGGAAAAUUCCGUAUCCGAUGGUCGCGGUAGACGCCAAACUAGGGACGAUGGUUCGGUCGGAGCGAGAAGCGCUGGAAGUUUGGGAUGCGGAACUGCUCGAUCCCGCAACCGCAGUUCAUCUCGAAGUGGGCGCUACGGGUACAACGCAGGUCAGGAGCGUCUCUGUCUUUCUGCUGUCCCUUCCACGCCGAAGAAAUCUGUCGGUUUGGCAGCGAUGCUGUACUGCAAACCGUUGGAUUUAGGAGGAGGAAAGGACGACGAUGACGAGCAAGAUAUUGAUAUCUUUGAUGUCAGCGAUACACAAAACCCUGCCGAAAGCGACGACGACGAUGAUGCAAGUGUGGGUUCGGACGACAAUCCUGCCGUAGCCGACAAGACCAAAAACAAGAAAGACUACUGGAAGGCCAAGCUUGCCGGGAAAGCAUAAAAUUUUAACAACAUAAAAUAUCAUCAGUUAGAAUUUACAUUUAC